GGACAAGGAGGUAGGGGCAGGUUAGGUGGGCAGUGAGCGACGAACGACUCGAGAGAGAGGCAGCAACGCGAGUUCCCGGCAGCGGAAUCUUAGCGAGCGGGCAAGCCCGAAAAUACAGCGACGGUGCACAUGGACAUCCUGUAGCUCGCACUGAUCUGAGUCCCCCUCCCAAGACAGCGGGAGACACAGGAGCAGCGCUGAGAGCACAGGCUCGCGGAAACCACAGGAGUUCAGAGACGAAGAGUGUGCAGCUUUACCCGGGAGUGAUCAGAAAAGGGGGAGAAAAGGUCCCCCCCCCCCACACACACACUCCCCAAGAGAGGGAUACAUUCCUGUGGACAAGGAGACAUUCUUGCCUUACGUAAAGAGACAGAAAACGGAUACGAUUCUGAGAGGGAUAUAACACUUACGCUAUACUCAAGGAUACAAUCCAAAAACACUGUAUCGAGAGAGUGAGAAAUCCGCUAAUUUCUCGGAGAUCACCUUCUGACUUGUGUUACCUCAGCCUGGAGAAUGGCUAAAUGGGACUCGCUCUGGAAAUAUUACUGGGGAGUUAUAUUCGCGCUGUGCAGGACUGUUCUGCCGUUAGCCAAGAGUUUAGACACUGUCGCUUGGCAUUCCCAAAACACCAAAUUCCAAGCUGGGAAAGGCCUGGUAUUGUACCCAGAGAUCGGCGACAAGCUGGAUAUAAUCUGUCCGAAAAUGAACAAUCAAGACCAGUAUGAAUAUUACAAGCUGUACCUGGUGACUGAGGCCCAAGCAGAGGCGUGCAGCACUGUCAUCAACCCUCACUUGCUUGUUGCAUGUAACAAACCUGAUAAGGAAAUAAAAUUCACAAUCAAAUUCCAGGAGUUUAGCCCCAACUACAUGGGGCUAGAGUUCGCUAGAAACCGAGAUUACUUCAUUAUCUCUACUUCCAAUGGCUCAUUCGAAGGGUUGGAGAACAGAAAUGGUGGAGUAUGCAGAACUCGCUCCAUGAAGAUAAUUAUGAAAGUUGGACAAGAUCCAAACACAAGGCCAACACUGAAAGAAAAGAAUCCUACAAGAGCGCCAGGUAAAGGCCAGGAUAACACAGUGAAGAGCGUUAUCUCCCUCUGGAAGGAGCCAUCUUCAGAAGAUAAAACUGGGAACACAGCUACUGACAGUCAGAUUAAAGACAAGCUGAACAAGAAUGAGGGAAUCUUUGGCUCAAAAAUGGCACUGUUUGCUGCAAUUGGAGCAGGCUGCAUCAUCUUUAUCCUCAUCAUCAUCUUCCUCGUGGUCCUCUUGAUAAAGUUCCGAAAGCGACAUAGGAAGAGUUCCCAGCAGAGAUCAGCAGUCCUUUCCCUGAACACGCUGGCAAGCCCAAAGUGUAGUGGAAAUAGUGGCUCGGAGCCCAGUGACAUCAUAAUCCCGCUGAGGACUAAUGAUAACAAUUAUUGUCCUCACUAUGAAAAAGUCAGCGGUGACUAUGGCCAUCCAGUGUAUAUUGUUCAGGAGAUGCCUCCACAGAGCCCUGCAAACAUCUACUACAAAGUUUGAUAGCCAGGAAAAUGUGAGAGAAUUCCGAGUGUCAUCUGGCCUUUUUCAUAAUAUCUGAAUCUUCUCCUGACGUGUACAGACUCCCUAUAUACAAAGUGUCUUUGGGAGAGUAUGGAUAAAACUGUGACUGUGGCCAGCAAGAAAGAUUUCAGUAUUAAGUUCAGCAAGCUAAUGUUUUAAGAGAAAAAAAAGAGAAAAAAAGAAAAAAAAGAAAAUUGGAAGAUGACUUUUUCUUUGCAACCAAGGAGGCUGAAGAAUUCUCGUUUGUGAUGGGCUCAGAUCUGUUCACAGCCUUUUCUUUCUUUUCCGCAAAGCCAUUCCCUCAGUAAAAGGCUUGAAAGAGGGAGGAGCUCAAAAAAAAUUCCACCCUCUUCUAUCUUCCAUUUUCCAAAUGCAAGAAAGAUUUGAAAAGUAGUGAGAAGAUGAAAGCCUCUAACAUUUAAGUUGAGAGGAGAAGCCACAGUUGAAUUGCAAAACUAGGGCUGUCUCCAAACAGACAAUUAAAAAGACUGAGGAUCAUGAAGCAGUUGGCUCUCUGUAGCACAGAGAUCUUGAAGCUGCUUCAAAACUUUAUGAACUCCAACUGCUCAGGGGAUGAGACUUACAACGCAAAAACUCAGAUUGGGUUGGGUCAGGGGGAAGGACAUUUCACAUUUACUUUCCUUGUUCAUUUCAACUACGCUCCCUCUUACUCAUUUCCCAAUCCUUGAUUGAAAGAUAUUUUUUUGUUGUAAUGUGAUCUUUGUAAAUUAUAAACAUACUCAACAGUCUAUCCUUAGUUUAUGUAUAAAUCCAGCCUCCACCUCACCCCCAGCUCCUUUUGAAAAUAUUUUGACAAGAAUUAUAACCAAGGUUAGUGAAAUAAUGCUCAGAUAGUCUGUGGUAAUCAGGGUGCAAUUGAUUACUAGUUGAUCUUUUUAAGAUUAGUCUAGUUAAUGUGCAGCCUUUGAUUUAUACCUUAUUGGGGAUUAUGGGCUUGCCUGGUGAGGUAUGCAAGAAAUGAUUGUCUUAUGGCAGUACAGUAAAUGUUAACAAUGGCCAACUAGCCCAGCUUGGUCUUUCAGUCCAGGAUAAUACAAAAGAAAAGCAAAUAUAAGAUUUGUCUUCCUGUUUCAAAUAGUAUAAAUCAGAGAGAUGGGGGCAAAUUUGAGGGGGAAGAAAGUUUUUCAUUUCUCCCAAUGUCGUAGCAGGGCCAUAAGGCUAUACUUGGGGAUGAGAUCCAGAUGUACUUACAGACUAUCCUGAAAGGAGUGAAGUUCUGAUACUAAAACUGCUGACAGAGGUUAUAAUGGGCAGGCAUUGACCUUACAGACUAGUUUGAACGUGUGUCCUUCAUUGCCUUCAGAGCUUGUAGAUAGAUGGGGGUUUAAAAUAUUUAAAACAAUAUAAAAUGCCUUCAACUCAUGGGGUGGGGGAAAUGUUAUCAGUCAUGGUUUUAUGCAAGAUUCAUCCUGAAUGGGAGUUCUUUCCUUAGUUUUAGUCAAAUAGAUUUGAGUUUUGAUGGUGUACACCUACCAGCAAGGCCUUGAUCAGCCCUGGUGAUUUCCUGCAGCACCGGUGAAGGUUGCUAAUAAUUCUCAGCUUAUUCACUGAAAGACCUUUUGGUGCACCACUGUUGAAUAACUCAAUGGGCUGUUCGAUUUCACACUUUGAAAUUGAUUUAUUCUUCCUUCUAUUCCCCUAUCAAUUGAGGGAACUUAAUGUCAUACCGCAAAAAAAUAAAUAAAAUAUCAACUUGUCCAUCAAACAGCUCUCUCUGUUGCAACCAUUGUGGUCUCUCUCUCUCUCUCUCUCUCUCUCUCUCUCUCCCUCUCGGUUUAGCAAUAUUAUAUCUUCUAUAUUGUUUCCUUUUAUUCCUGCUAAGUUUCAAAUAUCCCUAUGCCAUGCAGUUGCUGCACCCUGCAUCUAACUCUGAUUGAUUCAAGACCCAUUUUGCAACAUUUUAUAUUUCGAUUAAUUGUUUGGAAACUACAUAGUAGAACCUAGUUCCUAUCUGUUUACCCUUACUUUUAAAAUUGAUAUACUCUUUUAAAAGUGUAACUUGGUGUUAACCUAAAUACUACUCCUUUUAUUUGUCACAGCACUGUUCUCAUUCUUUUCAAUCUGGGCCCUUAUGCCUAAGUUUCACAGUAAUAAAAGAAUAUUGUAUCCAGAAGACUUUUCAAUGUAUUGAUGAAAACACAAGUCUUUUGCUAUGUAGUGAUUUCAGUUUAAUUGAUUCCCUUCAGCUCUCGGUCUUUUAGUCUGCUUUUCAAAGUACCUGUUGCAGGAACGUGGUGCUGAGAUACAUGUUGCUGGUGAGGUUGAGUUGAUUGCACCUAUAUUGAUGGUUUGAAUUCAUGCUGACCUCCUAGUUGCAUGUGUCCUGUAUUCUAUCCAGUGAUGCUCUUGCCUCAAUCCAUUGCCAGCAAAUGUCUAAUGUGGCAUAUAUAAUCAGGGAGAAUGUUGACCAAUAUCACCCAUCUAAAACAUGCCACUGUACCCCUUUCAGAUGCUGACAUUCCAGUAUUGAAUUUUUAACAUUUGCUCCUUUCAUUUCAAUCUCUAAAACGUGUAGUUUUAAUCUUUUGACAUGCUUGUUUGUUUGAGAAAUUUGGCAGUAUCCAAGAGCACGAAUGCAUAAUAACAAAAUAAUAUUAAAGCUUUAGGAAAAUUGAACAAACAGAAUCAAUGAAAUGAACAAAAUUGUCAGUACAACAGUAAUAGGACUUCCAGUCAAGAUAUUAAAAUCUGAAAGGCAUUAAACAUGACAAGAGUGGAAGAAGAAGCUUUAUGGAUUCCAAAGCAUCAGCCAAAGGCCAAAAAUCCUCCUUUGCUGUUCUUCCCUUUUUCUGGAGAUACAUAGCAGGUUAACACAUGCUGUGAACGAGACUGAAGAAUAUGGCCACAGAAUUUAUCUCAAUAUAGUGAGGAGAUUGACGAGCAUUGUUGACUGGAAGAGCAUUUCAGUUAGUAUACUUGACAAAGCAUUCCAAAUAAAUAUCUCCUCUAAAAUAAACUGCGCUGAAGUGACAAAUUCAACACUUUUUGUGUAAUAUAACCGAAAAUGAUAAAAAAAUACUCAGCAGGUCUGGCAGCAUUGGUUGAGACAGAAACGGCGUUGGACUUGUGAUCUUUCAUGGCAACUGGUGAAAAGAUAUCAGUCAGAAAUGUCACAUUCUGCUUCUCUUCACAGAUGCUACCUAACCUGUUGAGCACUUCCAUCAUUUUCUGUUUUUGUUUCAAUUUUCCAACAUUGACAGUAUAUUGCUUUUGUUAUCUCCAUUAUUGUAGUGGGCUAAAAUUAGUCUGCGAAUCUCAGUCGUGGAAGCCUGAGAAAAAUGAGUCAAUUUCAAAAGUCUUUAGAAUGUGCAAGAAAAAUAAGAAUUAUUCCUAAAAACAGUUAUAUGCGCACUUCAGUCAUAUUUAAUUUAUGGAGCUAAUGUCUGAGUUGGGUUUUGAAAUGUAGCCAGAAUGCAGGCUCUGGAAUGGAUAAUAUCUGUUCUCUGAAUCAAUUUCAGAUAAAAGCUUGUUUUGAAAUCUUGAUUACUAACAGGUUUGAAACAAUUUCCACAUCGCUCUGCUUCCCAUUCUGCUGCGAUUAUAUGCUGAUAGGUUCAUUUGUUUCAAGACUGGUGAUGUGUUUGAUUGGCUGGGUGACAAAAUUUUAGUGGAUCAUUAAAAAAGUAAUGAAACAUGCCUUCUUUGCAAACAGAACCAGUGUAUCAUUGUACAUGUGAAGGGCCUGCUGCAUGUAUAUAAGUAUACAAAUGACAUGGCCAUAAACAACCAGACAAAGAUACUAUCUAAAGAAAUGUGUAUCUGGGUGCGCACAGAUAUGACCUGCAUAAGUAUGUGCAGAUGUACACUGUAGAUGCACAAAGAAAUAUGUCCCAUAGAUAAAUAUACAGUUACACAUUAUGGCAUGCAAAUAGAUAAAAGUAACAAGUUAUAAAGAGGAAGUAAGGAUGCUAUGGAGGGAUACAGAUUAAUUUAGUUGAAAAAAAAUCUAGUAAGUGAAAUGUAGUGUUGGAAAAUGUGAAAUUGUCAUCUUGAUUGGAAGAAUUAAAAAAAGUAUAUAACAUAAAUGGUGAGUCUGCAGAUGUCUGAGAUGCAGAGGAAUUUUCAAAAGGUUUGUUUGCAAGCUCAACAAAUAAUGAGGAGAGUUAACAGAAUGUUAUUGUUUAAUGUGAGGGAAAUUGGAUACAAAAGAAACAUUAUACUUCAGUCAUAUAGCGCAUUUGUGAGGCCACAUCAGGAAUACAGGGUCCAGUAUUGCUCUCCCUAUUUAAAGAAAGAUGUGAAUGUGUUGGAAAGCUUUCGGAGAAGGUUUACUGGAUUAAUACCUGGAGUAGGUAGAUUUUCUUAUGAGCUAAGGUUCUGCAGGCUAGGGUUGUAUCUGCAGGAACUUAGAAGAUUAAGAGGUGACUUGUUUGAAAUAUUAAGAUACUGAGAGUUCUUGACAUGGUGGAUGUAGAAAGGGUGUUUCCUUCCUGUGAACUAGCAGCCAUUGUUUGAAAUUCCAAAGGUAGCUGAUUAAAAAUCAGAAAUGAAGUAUUUCUUUUUCUCAGAGGGUCAUGAGUCUUUGGAAUUCUCUUCCUCAAAAGGCAUUGAAAGCAGAGUCUUUGAAUAUUUUAAAGUAUAGAUAAUAGUUCCUUGGUGAGCAAGAGCUGAAAUUCUAAAAGCGCUCAAUAGGGUAAGCACAGGAAGAAUGUGCCUGGUGGUUUGGGUGUCCAGAGUCAAGUUUCAGUCUGAUGAUAUGAAGUAGGCCAAUUUCAGUUGAGACGAAGAAAAAUUUUUUCAUCCAGAGAGUAGUAAGCCUGUAUUGAAUGGCUUCAAGAAGGACAUAGAUACAGUUCUUAGGGCUAAAAGGAUCAAGGGAUAUGAGGUGAAAGCAGGAAAAAAUUCAGGAGUGGAAUGAUCACACACACACUCACACUCACACACUCACACUCACACUCACACUCACACUCACACACACACACACAGAAAUGUUUGUAAUACAUGCUGGUGGAUUAGUGUGGUUUCUGCAUCAUUAGAGCAUACUCUGAAAUUUGCCCUCUGUCCUCAACUACUCUCAACUCCUGGUCAAGAGUCAAAAGUACAUAGGUAGAAUUUUCAACUUAGGCAGGAUGUAAAAGAGGUAGGAGAUCAGUCACAUUGUGAUAUAUUCUGUCCAAUUUUCCUUUCUUUUGAAGAUUUGCCACUGCCUAUUUUAUGGCAAGGUAACUGAUAACUGUCUUUACAAAAUAAAACACUUAAACACACUGACUUAGGUGUUAACACUUAAUUAUUUUAGUGCAAGCCUAGUUUAUCUACUGGUACUAACAUGUGACCAAUUUUAUAAUUUUGAUCGAUCUUAGUAAAAUAACCACCCCACACCCCAGGAAUCCUGGUUAGAUCUCCACUUGCAGGCUGUGUAAGUAAGGGAUAACUCCAUGCAACUUAACAAUCAUUCAUUCAACUACCACUGUUUUUCCAUUCUCCAUCCUGGGUGGACAUCACAUUAGCAUUGUUGAAUUAGGAAUUCACUGCAAGAGCAGAUGAUUUUGUGCUAUAAUUUGUUUUUACUGGAGUUGACCCUGAAAGCAACUGUAUGGUACACCAACUCCAAUUGCAGAUGCUGUUAAUUUUCAUUUUAAUAUGGGCAUAAGGGAGGGUUAAAGAUUCCUGGUUACUCCUUUAACUAUUACAGCUUCUCCUACAAAUGCAACUGCAUUGUUCCUCCAAUGUACUUACCUUUGCUCUGAUAUGGUCACUCUGUUAAAAUGAAAAGUAACUGUACCACCUUCUACUCUGACUCAUCCACUCCAAGAUUUGAAGGAAUAUAAAUUCAAGCUUUUCUGCUUUUUUUCUUCAUUCUCUAAUUGUCAAGCUCUUAAAAUACAAGUUUAAUAUCAUUAUAACCUUAUUUUGUCAUCUUAUUUAACUGUUCCAACUUUCUUGGUAUCUUAAAUAUGGGCGUUGGAUAUUCUUCUAGGUUUUCCACACAAACGAGCAUUUAGAUAUGGUCAUCCGUAGCAGUAACUAAAGAGGACAGAGAGCAGAAGCCCUUAGGUGCUCUUGUGUUUCUUUGUGCUCGGCAUUGUUAAGGCAGGAUUAGUAGAGCCUAAAUGCUGUCAACAAUCAGUGCACUAAAGUUAAUUUGUUAAGACAGACCAUGGGAUGGAGCAUUCUUGUGAUGCUUCCUCCCACUGACCAACGUCAUUGUGGUGUCUUUUUAAAUUAGUCAGGAAUCAUAAGGCCUCAUGAUCUGCUCCUAAAGGGCAAGACUCAGUGCAGAAUCAACUGCAUGUUUAAAUAAAUCUUGCCAUCAGACAGCAACAAUCAUGGUGACAGUGCAUGUAGGACAUCCAACAAUGCUGUGAAAGGAUGCAAGAAAAGAACAAAAUCUCUAAAAGAGCUAAACCCACUACUCUUGGGUUUUCCUUUUCCUUCAGUCUUCUCUUUUUUUUUGUCCCCAUGCAUUAUCUCUGGUUACAGUACCAACAACUUUAGCUCAAGUAUAUGUUCUUCACCCAUGAAUGUUAAUCAACAAAUUGAAUUUGCUAAGUGUUGCAACAGAAAUUUUGAUGAAGAAUCACUUGAUAGUGAUCUAGACUGGGAAUUGCAGCUAUUUUAUUUCUAGCAUGAGAUCAGCUAUUGUAACACAGACUGGGAAUUUAAUCUCAAUGUUUUUCACAUUGUGUUGUACAUUUACCUAUUACCCAUUAAGAAAGUGACUUUGUUCUAAAUGUAUUUAGAAUUUCCUCCUGCAUUUCUGGGGCUUCCUUCUGUUUGCUUUACCCCACAAGCCUCACACCAUAGAAAGAUACAUCUGAGUUAUCAACUUUAAUUCAUGACAACAUCAGUACAUAACUAUGGGAAACAGGGAAGAGAAGUCUAAAUAUUUUACAGCAUUUUAGACCUGUUGAUGACAUGCUGAAGUUCAUAGUUCAGGUCGACAUCAAGAUUCAAGAGAAUGAAAGACAAUCAAGUGAAUUUGAAUUUGGUGAUUAAGUGAAAGUUUGCUUCUGUAUAUUGAAGCACAAGACUGAAUGAAAUGGACAUGUUCAUAAUAUAUACAGUAAUAGGGAAGAGAAAUUUGGUGAAGAUUUUCUGAGGCUAGUGAUUUGGAAGGUUCCAGUUAGGCCAAUGUAUGAGCAUAGUGAUUUUGGUACACUUUGUUGAAAUCUUUCUAGAUAUAGCUCCAUUUUGGUAAUGUUGUGGGACGUUAAAAAACCUUUUGUUGUUAUUCAAUCAUUACCUGAAGAGCUGACUAGUUGCCAUUCUUGAUACUAGCCCCAACCAUCAACACAAACUGAAAUCUAAUCCUUGUCAAAAAAUGAAAUCUAUUUUAUGUAAAAUAGCAUUCCUGCCAAUGUAAUUCAAAAUCAGCUUUAAAUGUCUUGUUGCUUUGGGUAAUGAGAAGACAACAGCCCACACCAUUAUCCAAACUCCUUAAUUUAUCCCAACCCAUAUUUUACACUUAUAUUACACCUUCAAACACCUUGAUCAAAUGUCAUACUCUAACUCAUAUUGGGUAUCUCAUCUAUAUAUAUAUAUAUAUAUAUAUAUAUUUCUGUAACACAUUCCAGCGUAUUGGGUAUACAGCAUAUAAAGUGCCUGACUCUCUUUAUUAAAUUCCAAUUUGUACUUCAUUUUCCUCUAUUUUCUGUUUGCCUCAGAGGUUAUUCCACAUGGGUAUUUUAUUUAAGAUUGUUUAGUUUCUAUUUGAAUGUGAUUGUCUUCUUGGGUCAUUUAGAGGUGAUGAGCAUCAUGUUGUUGAAAUUAGCCACCCUUUCUUUUAUUGAUUUCUAGUUUGUUUUACUUGUCAAGCCACACAUAACCAAGUGUCUAUACUCAAAGUUACACAGCACCUGAGUAAUUAAAUGAAUGGACUGCUCAUGUAAUCCUCCAAAGACUUUGAGUUUCAGGCUUCUGUCAUGAAUCAUGUUAUUUAUGUUAACUUUGUUGGAACUGGUGCACAGGAUGGGCUUUCUUGAGAGCUACAUACUCUCAGUUCUGGUACUAUCCUUGUGAAGUUAUUUUCUGCAAUUUCUCCAAUGCUUCACUAUCCUCUUCUUGGAGAGAGACCAAAACUAAACAAUGUGGUUGAAACAAGAUUCUAUAUAAACUUAACAGUACUUUCUGCUUUUGUAUUCUGUUACUCUAAGAAUGAAUGAGCCAUUUUGAUUGCACGCUUUUUGACAUUUUCAUAGAAAAACAUCAUACAGCCUAUCUUGCCUGGAAGUACUAGCUAAUUAUAUUUACUUGUCUCUUCCUUUUCCUUUUUCAAUUUUUUAAAAUCAACUGCUUUUGAAAUUUGUUUUUGAAUUUAACUUCAGCAUACUUUUAGACCAUACAGGUCAAGCAGUCUGUUUGACUAGCUGUGACCACCUGAAACAUUCUCUUCCUUCAUCACCAAAGCACGGCACAGCAGUGUGUGUCAUUUCCAAGGUGCAGCCCAACAGCUCUGGCAGCUACUUCCCAACAGGAGGUUCACCACCUAAAACUCAAAGUUAACAGGUGCAUUGAAACACCCCCACCUCCAAAUUUCCCUCUCAGUAAUAGACUGUCCUGAUUUGAACAUAUAUUGUUAUUCUUUCAUCGUUGUUGAUCAAACUGCUGGAUCUCUCUAUUUCAUUGUAAAUUGUAAAAGUACCUUCACUACACAGACCACAGUGGCUGAGGAAAAUGACUUCCUGCCAUUUUUAUAAGGGCAAUUAAGUAUGGGCAUUGCCAGCAGCAUCUACACCCCAUUAUUGAACAAAUAAAAACAUAAUUUAAAAAUUCCAAAUCAUAGUCACCUACUGCAUUCAAACAAAAAUGACUUGCAUUCCCUUAAGUUCUUUUCCAAUUAUCUUAGAACUGAUUGUGUAGACUCCCUUCAGAACUUGUUGCUCCCCUACCUCAUUUAACUCCAAAUGUUCCAAGGAAUAAGUGGAUUUUUUAUUCCUCUUACUGAGAUAAGCCAUUUCACUCUUCACCAUGUUAAAUGUAUAUCCAUCAAUUCUGCAAACUUGUUUAAGUACUCCUGCAUUUUGGCACAGUUCCCCAUAGUGUUUGCUACACCAGCCAAUUUGCAAAGUUUGGCUUCACACCUUGCAUAGUGCAAUUCACUCCUGCCACUCCCACGUAAUGUUUCUGCAUUACAUUGACCUGCAGAGUCUCUUUACACUUAGCUGUGACAUUUACUUUUAGAAAAUAUGGUCUUUAGACAAAGUCAAUGAAUCUAUAUCAAUGUAGAAUACUAAGAAGCAUUGAUGCAGUUGAUGUGAAUGCAGUGGGUUGAAUCACUGUAUGAUAAUUUUUAAAAUUAAAUGUAAGGGAGUUAUUGUGUAGCAAAAUUGUGAGUUACAAAAGCAAAUCUUCCUGAACACAUUUUCACUCUCACAAUGUGUAUAAAUUACAGGAAUUCUUGUCAAUACUGUUUGAGUCAGAAUAUAGAAAGUUACAUACAGAGAAAGAUACAUGCAUAUGUGAAUCAGUGGUAAUGUUGCAAUGAUCUAGUCAUUGUUGUAGAAAACAUCAAGCACCAAUUUCCUAUCAAACCGCCUCACUUAACCCUGCUCUAAGUCUAAACCUUGCCACUUUUAUCUUUUAAAUAUUAAUAAAAUAUUGCAGUGAAAUUUGACUGACAAUAUAUUUUUUCAUUGUAUCCACAAGACUUUAGAAAUAAUGCAUAGAAAAACAAAAUUUCAAAACCAAUUUUCUGUUUUUUUAUACAUGUAUGGACUUACUUGGAUUAACAAAUCUUUUAUAUUGGUUAGCCCAUAUGACGAUUGGUGGCAGUGUCUCAUUUGGUAGCUCUUGACACACUGAAUCAUAAGGUUAAGUAUCCAAGUAACAUUGUAGGAACUGUUCUUGUGGAUCAGUUUUUUAAAGAGCCUAUUCCAUGCACUAUUUGAAGAAGAGCAGAGUGCUUUUCUGAUAUAUUGACAACUAAGAUUCCCUUAAUCAACACCACUUAAAAUAGAUUCAUUCGUUGUUGAUCUUUUUGUUCUUUGCAGGAUUUACUGUGCGGAGUAAUGACUGUGCGUACAGUCAUGUAACCACAUUUCAAUCUAAUUCAUUUGUAUGUGAAGCACUUUGAGACAUUUCUGGGAUGUGAUAAGGUGUUAUAUAUAUUCAAGAGUUUGACUUUUUAUUUCCUACAUGCUUUCAAGUGAAACCUUUUGAUGCUGUGUUCUACUUUGCAUAUUGCUUAUGUACUUUUGCAAAACUUAGUUUCCUCCAAAAGGCCAUUUUUAUUUCUCUUUUAUCAAAUCCCUCUAUGUGAAAUUUGUCUAAAUUAUGUACAUUGGAUAGGUCCUGUUGCCAUGCAUGCUUGUAAUAUCAUGAAGCUGCUGUCUUUGCUAUGAUCCCAGGAGUUUACAGCAGAUUUUGUUCCUCAUCCAAGUGGCCAAUAUCAACAAUGAGUGACAGCAAAUUAUUUGACUGUGGAAGACCUCGCUACUAAACACACAUUGUUCUGCACUAAAACUCCCAGGACAUUCAACUGCUUUCUCAAGAAUAAACUUAUCCAUUUUUUUGGAACUCACAGGACACUGUGAUGAGAGAAAAAUAAUGUAUUUUGCCUUAUUGCUCUGUAGCUGAUAACAUUUAUCCAAUUGUUGAUCUAUACUCAAUCCACCACUAAAUAACUCCAACAGUGUGUACCAUAUUCCAGAUAUAGAUGCAAGUGAACUGCUGUGGAGCAUUCCUGUGGUUUGUGUUUGAGUGUUGAUUUAAUUAUUAAAUGGAUUAUUUGAUAAAGAA